CAUGCAAUCACAAAAUGAUCAAAUCCCAGUUCGCAAUUAAUUUUCAAGGCCUGAUUAAAUUGGCAAAAAUCCCUCAACAACGUAACGGAGAAUUUGGCAUCAGUCCAUAGAGAUAAAUCUGUUCAUUCAGUAAUCGGUCUGGGUUUGGGGAAGUUGGUAGGGUCCAAAGGGUACUAUCGCGAUUAGCAAACGUUAACAGCUUUUGAUUAUUUGUUAAAAUUUAACUAGAAAGUGUAUUUAGUAUAAGCCAGUUAAGUUUUGUGGUUAAUUAAAAUGGUGGUGAUUUUAUCAAGGUUUGCUGCCUUUACUAGCAGGCACCCUGUUGUUAAGGGGAUGAUAUCAUAUGGUACUCUUUGGCCAACCUCUUGCCUCAUCCAACAAACAAUAUCUGGAAAAACUCUUGAAAAUUAUGACUGGAUGAGUGUGUUCAGGUUCGGUCUGUAUGGGGGUCUCUUUACAGCCCCGACACUGUAUGCUUGGAUCAGGGUAUCAACUAAAUUGUGGCCGGUAACUUCACUUAAAACCUCUAUCAUAAAAGCAGUGGUUGAACAAUUAACAUACGGCCCAGCAGCCCUAGCAUGUUUCUUUUUCGGAAUGACCCUUCUACAAGGAAAAUCCGUCAAAGAUGCCAAAACUGAAGUUCAAACUAAACUUCUACCCACAUGGAAGGUGGGCGUAUGUUUUUGGCCAAUAAUCCAGACGGUAAACUUCCGAUACAUUCCUGAACAUAACCGAGUGCCAGUAGUAAGCGCGUGCAGUUUACUGUGGUGUUGCUUUUUGGCUUAUAUGCAUGAAAUGGAACUGAAGAGGGCUCAAGAGAUGAAACUAACUGGUCAACUAUUAAACAAUUAAUUAGUCAAUUUUUUUAACCAAAUUUUAAAUUUAUUUAUACAAGGUAUGAAGUUCAAAGAAUGUGAUAUUAAGAUUACCUUGCCAAAACUGGUCUUAUUAUAUUUAUAAAAUAAAUAAAAAAUCUCUCGAAUAUUGAUAUAAAUAUGUUUGGCCAGGGUUCAGAAUUAUUUUAGUGUUUUACGCCAUGUACUUUUUUUGGCACACAUGCUAAAAAAAUAAUUGCAAGUAUUUAAAACGAAAAACAUUCCAAAUAAGUCUUGGUUUGAAGCGUGGCACUUAAAAUAAAAUAAAACGAUACGAAAAUUCAAAAUUGUUCAUAGCAUAAAACAGAUGGUGGAACAAUUUUUUUUUAACAAAAUGCAUAUCUGUGGUAUAGUAUUUAGUAUAAUUUUUCGUUAUGACCUGCAGGCGGGUAUAACCGUAGAUCUAUUUAUAUUAGAAGAAAAAUUGUUGUCAAUACCAUAUUACUAAAUUUAAUAUAUUAAUAUAUAGUAUUA